AUGGAGGAAGAAGUCCCGGAGCGCGGAGGCCGUCGGUCGCGGCCAUCCACAGCGACAAAUCCCGAUAGCAAUGCCGACCUUCAACCUUCGACGCGAACGAAUGGCGGCAGCAACAACAACAAGAACAACAACAACAACAACAACACCAACAACCGCCCCUAUCCCUCGCCCGCAACCUCAACUACAAGUCCGGGUACAUCGCUAAGACCCGAUGACAUACGGCCCCUGCACGCCGCCAACUCUGCUUCCUCCCUUUUAGCAGUUCCCGAAACCAGCUAUUUGGAAGGGCCGAGCAUUGAGUUGAGGCAGUCUGAUUCGCAAGCCGAAAUUGCCGUCCAUCAACACCUAAACGAGAUCGAAUCCAGCUUUUCCGCCCCUAUUUCACCCUUUCCGACUUCAGACAGAGGCAUCGACGUUACCUAUGACCUCUUCGACUCCGCGUCCAGAGAAGCUGCACCUGCCGGGCCGACAGCGACCGCUGCACCUGCGACGCCUCCUCCACCCCCACCAGCGCAUGCCGACGCACGAUUACAAACAGAGAGAGACACCCAAGAAUCAAGGCCCGAGUCCGAAAAUGACUCGGACGACGACACACAACAUCUCCCCCAAAGCCGCUCCAAAAUGCGUGUAGCCACAGUCGAGGAUGCCGACAAGACCACCAUACAGAGGUCCCACAACGAAGAGGAAGACGGCGGAAGUGGGGAGGAGAGCCAGAGCAGAGAGGACGAGCUGAACAAAGCCCACGAGCAGCAAGCCGCGGACACAUCAAUGACAAGUAACACAACUUCGUCUCUAGAAGCCUUCUCUCCAUCUCCCCCAACUGCUGCGGCUGCCGCGACGACAACAUCUCGCGUCGUCUCGCAACCGAGCCUGGGCCGACAAGUUGAUGACUAUGACGGGAAUGGGUUGUCCCACGAGCAAGAGCACCAGGACGACUCUGACGAGUCUGACUAUUGGCACGAAACUCCCACCAAACCACGGUCGACCCCCGGAAACAAUUCGAAGCUGCAGCAUGCACCCUCCACCCAAAGCGCCAGGAAAUUCCUUGCGAGAGAGAACCUGACCCCGGAAAAGACUCCUGAGCCGGCUCCCAAGCAGCCGGAGAGUAGAAAGCAGGGCCAAGAGCAACGACCGAAGGACCACCAGCAGCCUCUGAAAGCAGAGAGAAGCGAGCUUCCCCAGCGCCCCAAGUACCUUAAGAGAGGUCAGGCUGGACAGCGUGGUUCCGUGUCAUCCUAUGCUAGUGAUCCAGACCCCGACAGCGAUCAUACGAUUGGUUUGGAAACAGACUACGCGCUGCAUUCCGGAGGUGCGUCUUCCUCGACAGAAAGACCGCGAGACACGAACGGCCUCACGCGGACUACCAGUCUGGGCAGUUUCGCUAGUGGCUAUGAAGACCCAGAUCCCUCGGGACCCAUUUCUGGACUCACUCCUCUCGACGAAGCUUACAAUGCCAUCUCUCCCGAACCGGCGGUCAUGCGCCAGCUUCGGGAUCAAGAAGAUGACGGGGUGCGAACACCCAAACCCCGCAAGACGCCCCCUCCACUAGCCGCCCCAUCUGACACGGUUCUCGCCCGGCAUGUUAGAGAUGUGCAGGUGCCUGAGUCUCUGGCGAAAGAGUACAGGGCGAAGACAGGUCUGACGACGCCAUCAAAAUCCCUCAACCUCGCCGAUCUUAAGAGUCCCGACAAGCUGGGCGCUUCGGUGGUUCCGACUCGCGCUAGCGGAAGGAGCUUGACUCUAAAAGAGCAAAGUAGCACCAUUGAGCGAUUGAGCAAAGAGAACUUUGACUUGAAACUCAAGGUCAUGUUUUUGAGUGAUCGCCUGGACAAGCUCUCUGAAGAGGGUAUUAAGGAAAUGAUCUCGGAGAACGUGGAGCUCAAAACUGGGCUAGCCGUGUUGCAAAGGGACAACAAGAUGCUACGUAAAAGGGUCAAGGAGUUGGAGAAGCAAGUCAAGGAUGAGGAUGAGCGGCCAGGUACUGCCCGCAGCGAUCAGUCAGAUGAGGAGAAUGCUGCCUUUAAUCAAGAGGUACAAGAAGAGUUGAUGUACCUCAGGGAUCAGCUGGAAGAGCACAUGGUCGAGAUUGAGAGGCUCCGGAAUGAAAAUCUUCACAAAGAGGCGGAAAAGAGGCGAAUGGCGGAAAUGGUUCGCACCCUCAGCGAAAAGACGGGCGAAAGGUUCGGCGGAGACUUGGAUCGGCAAGAAGAGGCCGACGUUUACAAGGAUCUGCUCGAGCAAGAGACGGCGAGGAGGGAGCAGAGUGACGAGGACAACCGAAAGCUGCGUGAAGAAAUCUUUCGCCUCAAGCAGGAGCUGGCGAUGCAGCCGAACGGCAACGGGCCAUACCAACAACAACAGCAAGGUUCCAACAUGUCAUACCUCAGCCGAAGGUCCCGCGAGCAGGGGAGCGCUUCCAGUCGGCCUACCACUUCAUUUUCAGCUGAUCAGGACGUUGCCAGCUCGGCUACCACUCUGAUUGAAGAACUCCGUCGAGAAAGCGAACAGUUGCGCCACGAAAAUGCCGAACUUCGUCGUGAAGUAGGCGCACAGACGUCGAUGUUGACUUCUCGAAACCGUGAGAAGGAACGUCUGUACCAAGAAAUCGAGGAUUUGAAAAUGGCACAGCGUCGCGGUGGCCCUGCUCCGUCUACCAUUGACAGUCUCUUGGAGAGGUCAGCAUCCCGUGCCGGUGCCCAUGAGAGGUCACACUCGAGAGCUAGUGGCAGAACGGGCAUGACGGGACUAGACGACGCCGACCGCGAAGAGCUCGAGAACAAGAUAUCUCAGAUGAGGGAUAAGAACAACGAACUUCGUCUUCAAAACCAAGAUCUGGAGCGCGAGCUGGCGGCCUGUAUGGAGGACUUUGAGAUGCUCUGCGAAGCGAAGAAGCAGGCCGAAGAGCUUUCCCAUUCCCUGCAAGAUGACCUGGAGGCAGCAAUGCAGGAUCUUGUCGCUCUGCAGGCCGAGCGUGACGAGGCACUUCAAGAACACGCGAACCUCGAACAAGAGUUCGAAGCUUUGCGCAAAGAAGCCCAAGAGGAGAUCGAUGCGCUGGAAGGUGAAUCAGAUCUCCGUAGUGCUGAGAUUGAGCGCCUCCAACUUGAUCUGAAUGAUCGUAACGAGAAUUUCGAAGCGUUGCAGGAGGAGAUGCGCAAGAUGAGCGAUGCCCUUGUUCGCCUGGAGGAUGAGCAGGAAGCCAAGCACAAACGGAUACAAACACUUGAACAAGAGCUGAAUGAUGCCAACAGAGAACUGGAGGAGCUCGAAUUCAAGCUUCUUGAGGCAAACGACAAGGCCAACCGUCUGUCAGUCCAGCAAGAGUCAAGCCAAGGGGAGAUUGCCUUCUUGCGGGAAGAACAGGAGAACGACAAGAUCCGGAUUGGUGAUCUGGAAGCGGCACUGGCGAAUUCCGAGCAAGGUGUGCGUGAUGAAAAAGACCGAGUCAGAGAGCUGGAGAACCGGCUGGCCCAGGAGAGGAGGCAACGAGAGAUUGUUGCAAACAGGGAGAAGGAGGAGGUACAGCAGUUCAUCAACGAGCUCAACAAGGAAGCAACAGCAGCCAAGGAUGAAGCCCGACGACUGCGCAAGAGCCUGACAAGCAGGGAGGUCGAGGCUACAGAGUGGAAGGAGAGGCUCUUGGAGCUGGAGAACAACCUUCGCGAGGCUCUAGGUGACCUGAAUGGGACCAGGUCUAGCCUUCUCAAGUCUAUUGCCAAGCUCCAAAUGGACCUCGAAAAAGCUGUCCGCGACCUUGACACCACCAAGGCGUCACUGGCUGAAAAGGACCGCAUCAUCAAGCAGCGUGACGCUCUUCUUGAAUCCCAUGCUCUCGAGUCCCGCAAGGUUGGUGAGAUGCUCGAUAAGGAGCGUCAAGCUCAUCGGAACACCAAAAACCAGUUUGAGACGUUCCAGAAGACGCACCAGCAUGUUACGCGCACACUCUCUCAAUCGGAGGCGCGCAUUGCCGAGUUGGAAGCUGGCAAAGCCCAAGACAAGAAACGCAUCGCUCAGCUCGAGGCCACCUACAAAGAGCAGCUUACCGAACGCAACACGCUGCUCCUCAACCUCUGGACCAGGCUAUCUAGUCUCUGUGGCAGCGAUUGGGCUCACAACAACAGUCUCAUCAAUGGCCGCGCUCUACCUAGCCUGGAGUCGGUCGCCACCAUGUUCCCUGGCUUCAGCAAGAACCUCUUGGCUGCGGUCAAGACUCUGGAAACCAUGGUCAGUAGCUUCCAGACCAAGGUGAAAUCGGUAGAACGUGACCUGUGGAGAGAAUAUCAGGCACUGGAAAGCCACCUGGAGAUGCGAGCCAAGAAGAUGGAUCGUCUGGAGCACAUUGUGCGCAACAGCAUCGCAGCCGGCACCACAGGCAACGGCGUCUUAACCGCUGCUGAAGCGCAGGGCAGGCUGGCCCGGCUGGAAGAAGCCUACAGGCAGCUCAAGGUGGAAAACCACACUCUUCGAACAGCAGCCGAAGUUCGUGCUAGAGCCGCGUAUGCUGCUGCCCAUCCUUCUCGGGGAGGAGGAGACCGUCACCAACAAAGCCCCAGUCCCCUGCCGUCUGCAGGGCCAAGGGACAGGGAAGGCAUGCCCAGUGACAGAAUGUCUAUUUACAGCCAAGUCGACGCCAGAAAAGGCGGCAGUAGCAGGCCGAGUUCUAUCGCCAUACCCCAGCGAUCAGCGAGUAGUAGUCGCAGGUCCAUGAUCAAUGACAUGGACGGCCACAACGACGAUGUUUUACUACCGGGAUCGUCUCAACCGCCCCUGUCUCGAGUACAGAGUACCCAAUCGCAGCAGAGUCACCAGCACCAGUACCAGCACCCCCAAGUGCAAUCCCAAGCCUCCUACACUGGCCCCGGUGGUGGAGGUGGGGGGAUUCAAACGUCAAGCGAAAGGGGAGUCGCCCCUUUUUCCGGUCCGGGGUCAACAAGUAGUACCAACAACCCUGCUACGCCUGGUAUGUUCUCCCAAAGCGGAGGCGCAGGUGGAGGAGGGGGGUCAACGACGAGCACCGACAACAAGUGGAUGCUCCGCCUAAGAGACCUGGAGUACAAGCUGAAGGCGGAGAGGGAAGGGAGAAUCUUGGACCGUAACGAGGCGCUCAAGAGGAUCAGUACGAGCGAGUCGGAGAAUCUGGCGCUGAGAGAGAAUCUGGAGAGGGAGAAGAGGAGGAAGCAUGUUGCUGGUUACGCUGGCUCUGAACCUGUUGUGUUUGUUCAUCAGUUUGCGGACAGGGAAGCAAACAUCGAUACCUCCGUUCUCAGACAGACAGGAGCACGGCAGCGCCAUCUCAACGUCUCAUCCUCCCCGUCUCUCCUCUUACUUCUUCUCGUUCUUAUAUCAUCGGCAAACCCGUUCCGUUCCGGACAACCCCGACCCCCCGCCGUCCUCUCCCGUCCACGACCGAUGCUCUCCAGGGUGCGCAACAAUGCUGUGCGCCGCAACCUCGGCCUGGGCCAAGCGCCAUGUAUAUCGUCCAUAAUUACAACCGUCACAUGCCCGAGUACCGCUAGCCUAUCGGCCAAUUCCCGCGUACAACAAUGGCACGCGCAAAGGACAUACCGGUCCACACAAGCUCUCAAAGCUAAGAAGCCUUCUGCCGGCCAGAUGAUGCGGGAAGCCAUGGGAAUCCUCCAGUCAGUCGGAGCUGCAGACCAAACACCAGAAGCAAAACCCAAGAGGACGAGGACGCGCAAAGCAAAGACGGCUGAGGAGCACGUUGUAAAUCAAGACGAAACCGCAGAACCGAAACCAACGCGGCGCAAGAAGGCUGCUGACAGUGCCGAGGAUGGAGAAGAAGCAAAAGUUGAAAACAAAGAGCCCAAGAAAAAGAGGGCAGGGCGGCCACGUAUACACAUUCCCGAACCCGAUAGUGCCGAGGCCUUGAAGCUGGCAGCGAAGCAGGCAAAACGAGAAGCUGCAGCAGCAGCGAAGAAAAGGCCCUCAUUAAAACCCGCCAAAAUAACGAGGAGCGAUGAGCAAAGCAUGCUGCGACCUUGUGUUGACCCCAUGCAAGAGCGACUAUACGACACCGAGCUUUGGAGCUGGCUCGAUUAUGGGCGCACGUCCAAGAAGGGACUGGCACCCGCACCCAUUAGGAAAUACGAUCGAACCCGAGUCCACGUCACUAGCGAGAAGAUGGUUGACGAUGUCCUCGAUUUCAUGAAGCCCACCUUGACGCGCCACCAGGGCUGCGACAUCAUCGAUCUGAACCCCGGAGCUGGCGUCUGGAGCACCAAGCUGAACGACCUGCUCAAGCCUCGCACCCACCUGCUGCUCGAACCAGACGCGGGCUUCUACGAACCCAUGCUUGAACCGUUGCUUGCCCGAGACGGUAGCAAACUAAUAGCCAAGGACGGCCUCGUCUGGGCGGAGCUAUUGUCGGUACUCACGCCCGAGUACCUACCGCACCAGAAAGAGCACCAGUACUCGGCCGACGACGUACCCGAACGGAACGACACCCUCCUGGUCACCGCCAACCUUGGCUCCUACCCCAAGAGAAGAUACUCGAGCUUCGCGAGCGCCACGGCCAUGAUCCUAUACCAGUUCAACCACGCCAUCCGCAGCGGUGCCCUCUUCCAGAAAUACGGUCUGGUACGCAUGCUGCUCUGGCUCGACGACGAGGACAAGGCCGCCAUUCUCCCGCGCAUGGCUCAGCGUCGCCGCCGUGUGGCCGUCGACGCCGAACUCAAUUGUGAAUCCAUCACGCACGUGGCGGGCCCCGAUUACUCCGACAUCGAUCCAUCGAAGCGUCUCUGGUUUAGUCGUGACAUCAACAUCGACCGCAGCAGCGCCCUGGCAGCCUUGCAGCGUAUGCGCGAAGCCGGGAUCCAGACCCCCACCGGGCGCGAGACCAAGCUCCUCCGCGAGGUCUCGCAAAAUCCCGACAGCGUAGUCGCCGCCGGCGAGACGCCCAUCACGUACGACUUCCGUCACCAGGCCGAAUAUGAAGAGCUCUUGAAAGACUUUGAAAAGGGCAAGAUCGCCCUCGCCUCGGAAGAAUACAAGGCCAUGAUCCGCAUGCGCAUCCAAAUCGACUCGGCAAAUAAGCGCUUCAGCAAUGUCCACAGCAACAUGGUGAAUUUCCACCGGCUCGUGGACGAAUGGCGACUUGCCAAGGCGGCCAAUGACGACAAGGAAAUCGCAUCCAUCAUGGAACGGUACAAGGAAUGGGAAAAGUCCUUCAUUGCCCUGGGCUCGACCGCCUGCGGCGACUGGUUCGUCCAGCGCGACAACCUACACCUGUGGAAGCAGAAGAGCAUGCACUGGGACCGCAGGGCCAUCGAGCCGCUCGUGAUUCAGAGUGACGAGUUUUUCCCGCAUGUGCCGCUUUCCUUGCUCGAUAUCCAGCCCAAGGCCGCGCACAAGGUGUUGCGGUCCAUGGGCCCCAACUCGGAUCGGAGUGGUGACAUGGCGGAAGUGCUGAUGCGCAGCAUCAUGGCGUAUACCAACUCGUCCAUGAGCAAGGUGCUGGAUCGUUUGGCGCCCGGAGCGAGCGAGUUUGUGUAUCCCAUGUGUAAGAGCCUGGUGGAUCCGGAUCAGGGCGGUGUGCCCUUUCCCGGAGCCGCCGAGAUCACGGUGCGGGGGAUGAGCGCGUGGCAGUUUGAGGAUGUGUUGGAGCAGUGGAUGAAGUGGUCCUUCAGACCACCGUUGCAGGAUUUGAUCAGUCAGUUGUCGGAUGAGUAUGUGGAAGCCGAAGGGGAGGAAGGGAAGUUUGGGGGCGUAGACACUAAGGCGGCAGGCGAUUACAUAAAGAUCAUGUUGCUGGGCUUAAUCACGAACUGGUCCAGUCUUGAACUGAUAGACCGCAACCCAGAAGCCAUGACUUGUAUGAGCAGGCGCAACGGACAAGGGGAGGAGCUUCCCACGAUCAAGCGGUCUCAUAUGAGCUUUUGA